ACAACAUUUCUACCCAGCUUUUCUCACCCAAGGGGACUCAAGGUGGCUUACAGAAAUUGGCAAAAUUCAAUGCCCAGGACAAGUUCAGUAAAAUCAGCAACACAUUUAAAUCAAUUAACAGUAACUAAUAAAAAACAUUAUAUAAAACACUAGCUUUGCCCGGCCACGCGUUGCUGUGGCUUAUGGGAAUCCUUUGUUGGCCAGAUGGAAUAACAAUGGAUAGCCUUGCAGUCACAAAGCCUGGCCGUUUUCUGGAGUAGCUGGAGCUUUUUGUUGUAUGAACGUAGAGGCGUGGAUGAGGGGUUGUGCUGCCAAGUUUAGUGUUUCUGGGAUGUGUAGUUUUGUUGUUUUGUCCUAGGCCGAAAUUUCAUUACCCUUAUAUAUAUAUACUAGCUUUGCCCGGCCACGCGUUGCUGUGGCUUAUGCUUCCAGAGUGUUGUUCUUUAUUUACUAUCCUAAUUUUAGAAAUUAUAUUGUUCUGUAUUAUUAUAUCACAGUAAUUAUUACAUAUUAUAUUUAUAAUCUUUUAUUAUCUGCUUAGAACUGGAUUAUAUGAGGCCCCUUCUACACAGGUGUAUAAAAUGCACACUGAAGUGGAUUAUAUGGCAGGGUGGAGUCCAGAUAAUCCAGUUCAAAACAGAUAAUAUAAGAUUAUAAAUGGGUUAUAUAGCUGUGUGGAAGGGCCUGGAGUCUACACUGCCAUAUACUGUAAUCUAGCUAAAAUCUGAUAAUCUGUAUUUUAUAGGCAGUGUGGAAGAGGCUUAAGUGAGGCCUAACUCUGCGUGUCCCCUGGGCUGAGUGGGUUGCUAGGAGACAAAGUGGGCAGAGCUUAGCCUUCUAACUGGCAGCAAUUGGAUAAAAACAAUUAUUCCUCUCCCUCUAAUUAGGACUUUAUUUUUCUUUUCUUUUUGUUGUAUGAACAUAGAGGCAUGGAUGAGGGGUUGUGCUGCCAAGAUUAGUGUUUCUGGGAUGUGUCGUUUUGUUGUUUUGUCCUAGGCCGAAAUUUCAUUACCCUUAUAUAUAUAUAGAUUAAAAACAUAUUAUGUAAGAAUGACACCUGUAUCCAUAGGGGAUGUGUUCCUAAACCCAUCGUGGAUAUUUGAAACUACAGAUGACAGCAAAUGCUACAUUUUGGAGUGUGGGCAAUUAAAACCGUGGAUCUUCAGUGUGGAUAAAGGGAUCAUACUGUGGUGUGAAAGGUGAUCCUAUCUGACUCUAUGGGAACCCACCCAUACUUUCCACCACAUGUUCUGUAUUUUUGUCUCGUGCUUGAACCUAUUGAACUUGGACCCCAAAUGCUCCCAAAUGCUUAAACAUUAACCUAAAAUCUAUUAUUGGCCAAAUAUAUUAUACAUCUGCUUCUGGACCUGAAAUGUUGAAGGGUUCCAAGGCUGGAUCCUAUCUUAUUUCCAUUUGCUCUGGUAUAAAUCUAGAGCAGCUCCCUCCCUUCACCAACCUGCAUUGACCUUGAUGCGAGACAGACUCUCUGUUGACUUGAGCACAUAUGCAAAAGCAAAGAUAUAUAUAAUGAGCUUUCCCAGGAGAGGGUCCAGCUCCAUGGUAUUCGUCCUGGAAGAUGUUCCUCCUCCUCUUGGUUCUGGUCGGUGCCGCUAGCACUGUCACGCCUUCGCCCAUGCCAAGGGCCCUGUGGCAGUUCCGGUCAAUAAUCCAAUGUGCCAUUCCCAAGAGCAAGCCCCUCAGGCAGUACAAUCAUUACGGAUGUUAUUGCGGCCUCGGAGGUUCUGGGACACCAGUGGACGAUCUGGACAGGUGUUGUCAAAUCCACGAUAACUGCUAUGAUGCUGCCAGAGACAUCCCAAAAUGCUACACAUGGCUUCACAACCCUUAUAUCGAGAUCUAUGACUACACCUGCUCCGAGACCAACAUCACCUGUGCAAGUGACAACGAUCUUUGCAAAAUGCAUGUUUGCCAGUGCGACCGGGCGGCAGCGAUGUGCUUCUCGAAGGCCCGCUAUAUCGAAGAGCACAGGAACCUGGACAAGAAGAAAUAUUGCCAAUGAGGACCUUUCUUUGGGGCGGAAACUUCCUUUCCACCUCUUGAUUCUCUUCGGAAAAAUGUUGGUGCUGCUUUGGAUGAGAACUCUUGACCUUCCCUUAUGUCAGGGCAGGGAAAUGAAGCUCACAGAAGUCAACUUUGGUGGAAAGUGUGAAAAAAGUGGCAGAAUCGAUCCUUAGUUGCCUUUUAGUCAAUGCUGGCCGGUGUCCUUUUCCUUCUUGGAGCCAAGCUGUGAAUGACAUCCUCCCCGUUAACCUCAAAGUGUAUCGUGUCCAAACCCAGCCAAGUUUCAUUGGCGUGUCAAGCAUAAGAUCCCAGAUCAGGUAUAAUUCAGAUCCUCUUGUGACGUUCCAGGAAAUGAGUUCUAGGACUUCAUCACAUUGAAGCAGGGAAGUGUUUGGAAGAGUAGAUUUAUCAUAGAGCUCAGUCAUACUCCCUUUGGAAAUGAAACAGAUGAUUUCCCUACCUUCAUCACAUUACAUCCACAUCAUUCCCAAAAAUCCAUUUCCCCACCACCUCCUGAAAUGUUUGAAAAGAAUGCUGCUUUAUCCUACACUUGAACCCAACCUAAUGUAAUUCCAGAUUUUAAGUCUAGGACUCAGUGGAAUUUAGUAAAUGUGAUGACGUGGCUAGUGAUGUUACAAAUGGCAGCUCCUAGGAAUGCCAUGGAACAUGAUACAUUAAACUCUAGCUACUAGGGUUGGGCAAAUUGUUCAUACGCUUGUUAAAUUCGUAUCAAAUUCGGAUCUAAAGCACUUUUGAAGCGGUUUCCGAUGCACCUGCUCACUCCCUUCCCAAUAUUAAGAAUUUGAAUCAAAAGGCACCUUUGUUUCUUCUGUCUCAGAUGUCUUCGGAUGUAGCUGUGACCAAGCCCCGCUGAGAGGCGAAGCCAAACAUGUUGGGCCUUUAAAAAAAAGUUGUUUUAAAAAACUUUGAAAAUUCCCAAAAAAUCAGUGGAUGGGCGAAACAUUAUGAAACUUGAUAGGCAAAGAGUGGUAAAUAUCUUCUGCGAUUGUAGCAAAUUUCACCCCAAUAGCUUUAAAAAUGAAGGAGAACAGAGCCUCUGAAUCUUCCCCAUUUAUUUACUAGGAAGUGAGGAGACGCCAAGCCGGCACUAACUACAUUUCCCAGAAAGCAUUGGGCUAAGCCAUUAACAAAUUAAUUACGAAUAUUCCGAAUAUUCAUUAAGUUUAAAAAAAAUUGGGUCAAAAUUCGGAAGUAGUUUCAGAAACGAAGCACCAGCGCCCCUUACUUUAGAAGCGAGUAUUGAACCAUUUUUUUUCAUGGAUCGCACAUGCCUACUAGCUACAGUUGUACCAGAUAUGAUAUUAAAAUUUAAAAACACACCAAGUCUGAAAAAUAAGGAAAACGUGUAUAUUUCUGCCUUCAAGACAAUGCUCUCUCCCUGAGAUUCCUCCUCUGCCCUGAUAACUGGAAGAAAAGGAGCAAAGUUCUGAGACUGGAGAAUCGUAAGCCGAAAAGGGCAUCUCUCCUUGUUCCUGACAAGAAAAUGAAUUUGAGAAGUACCAUAUAAGAAAAUGGGUUCCCUGGAACUACAAAGACAAAUAUCCACUGUUAUAGUAAUACAGGAUUUUUUGAAUGUCAUUAAACCUAUAAUUAGUUCAAUGCA